UCUCUCCCUUUCUUUUUCUCUGUUUCCAUUGCUUCCUAGUUCAUCUCUUUAGGGUUUUAGCAACAACUCAAAAUCAAGAACUCAAAAUAAAAAAUAAAAAAUGCGAGCUUUACAACGAAUCUUAACAAAUUUCUCACAAAACCCAUUUCAUAAAACCUUAAAAAACAUCAACUUUAUUAAACCCUUUUCUACUGGAAAUGAUAAAAAUUGGAGUUCCAAUUUCGGGUCAUCAUCUACAGAACAAGAUUCUUUGGGUUGGGAUAAUGCUGGUUCAGGUGGUUCAAAUUCGUGGUCUACUGGUUUAACUAAAGAGCAUUUUGAUGGUGAAGUUGUGGGCCGACAAAUGGGUUCGGGUCGGCCCGAUAGUGGCCCGACUGUUGGUGGAUUCGGGUCAGCUAGAUGGACUGAUGAAGAGAUUGAUAGAGUUAAGGAACUUCAUGCUGAGAAUAGAAAAGGGAAAGCUUUUGUUGAUGGAUGGGAUGAUAGAAUGAAAGAUAUCAGUGUUUUGAUGAAACAGGUAAUGGAGCCAGGUGCAAGGGGGUCUUAUUUGAAGGAUUCAGAGAAGACAGAAAUGUACAAGAAGCAUAAGGAGAACCCAGAGUUGUAUACGGUUGAGCGCUUAGCUAAAGAUUACAGGAUCAUGAGGCAGAGGGUUCAUGCAAUUCUGUGGCUGAAGGAACUUGAGGAGGAGGAAGAGAAGAAGCUUGGACGUCCAUUGGAUGACUCGGUAGAGCUCUUGCUUGAUACAUGCCCAGAAUUUUUCAAUUCUCAUGACAGGGAAUUUCAUGUUGCAACUCUUCCUUAUAAACCGGACUUCAAGGUCAUGCCCGAGGGUUGGGAUGGGACUACCAGGGAUCCUGAUGAGGUGCACUAUGAAAUAUCAAUGAAGGAAGAUGAGAUGUUGUAUCAAGAGUUUGUCCAGAGGAUGAACUUCAACAAGAUGAAGAUGGCGAAAAAAGUGAAAUGCCACAAGUAUAGCCGCAGGCGCCCUUCAAAUGGCUGGAAUUUCACUGUUGAGAUGCUAGGAUCUCGUGGCAAGCGUGGGAAUGGUGGUGGUUGGAAGUUUGUGAGUCAACCUGAUGGUUCCAGUCGACCCCUUGAUGAGUUUGAGAAGAUGUUUGUCAAGAGAGAGACCCCACGUCGAAGGAAAAAAAUUCUCCCUUGAUUUUCUGCGUAUGCAAGGUAGAUCCCAGUUAAAAGACGUCUUCUUAAAUUCUCAUAGUUGACGUCUUUCAUGCGUUUCUGGUAGUUUUUGUUUGGUUGUCGUUCGCCAGAGCGAGUAUACACUGUCUCCUGUAGCCUCUCAUCAAAUUGAUUAAGCUAAAAGUUAUAGCGGAUCUUUUUCUACCUCCAUAGCUUCACAUAGUUUUGUGAAAAGAUUAGUCAUCUGAUUUUGUAAUCUGGCUUUGCUACAUUGAAAUGUGCCAACUGUCUACGUUCAAUAACAAGGGUUUUUUUUUUUUUUU